CUCACACUCUCUCCAGCCUGAGAUGGCGGCAGCGCUCUUCCAGCAGCGGGGCACCCGAGACGUCCAUUUCUUGUUAUUCCACUUACUUCUCUGUGUCGUCCCAUGGAGCUCGCAGACGGAUCUCUGGUAUAUCGGAUGCUACAAUCGCAGCUUGCUCAGUUUUCAAGAAAAGGGAUACAGGACUUUGUUUCUUCAUCAGGGGGAUUUACCAUCUUGUUCCAAAUUGUGUCUGCAAAAUAAGUUUGAUUUGACCAUCCGGAUAGAUGAAAUACAUUGCAUGUGUGCCAACAGGAGUAUUUUUGAUGAAUCCUUCUAUGGCUCAGUUAUUUCACGUGUUAAUGCUACAAAAAUGAAUGGAACAUGGAGGAGUCCAGAAAGGAAAUGUGCACCUAGGUGCGCAGAACUUAUGUGCUUGCCCCAUGGAGAUGGAAAUGAAACGCUGGCUAUUUUCACCAGUGCUGGUCCUUAUAUCAGUGAUGUCAGCAUGAGUUUUCGCAAUGACCAAAUUCAAAUAGGGAAGACUUUCAUUUUACAGAUAUCUGGAUAUUUGGCAGCUUCUUUGGAGAGGAUAACAGGUGUUCAGAAUUUGAACAUAGAAAAUCUUACAACAGUUACAGUGACAGUGCAUUGGUCUAAACAUAAUACAAGCUCCUGUGUUGCACAUGUUGGUCAUAAUGGGUAUUUUGAAACUACUUUUAGUUUUAUGUAUUCAGAUCCAGGAAAGCAUUCAAUUGAAGCACAUGUCAACAAUAUAAUUUCAAAACAACGAUGUGAAAUUGAUGUAGAAAUACUCAACAAGGUGCCAUGGUCUUUGGGAAUCAGAAGUAUUGAAGAACCCCAGAUUUUGUCCAGCACUAAUGAUUUAGGAGCAGUGAAUUCUAUAAUGAUUGCUUUUCAAAACACACCCCACCAGUUUCAUGCUUUUGUGUUGUGUGGAUCAGAUCUGAAUUUUCCUUGGCAUUUUAUGGAUGACAAUUACACGUCCACACAAAAUCAGACUGAAAUAUCUUGUAAUGUGAAUGACACGUUUACAAAUGAAGAUGCACAUAAAGAGAAUGCAAAUGUUUAUAUGACUACUGUUGGACAAAUCACCAUUACAUUACCAAACGAUGCCUCUAUUACUCUUAAAAUUUCCAUUAAACUUACUCUUGAAUCUGGAAGAACCCUGUAUAUAGAAAUGUUAGUCAAUGACAAGAUCACUGUGCAAAACCUAAUAUGUUUCCCUGAUAAUGCUGUAAAGGCCCAUAAUUUUUCAAUGACUGGAGAUCUUGAAGCACCAGUAAUAAUUUCACUUGAAGAGUCUAAACGAUCUCUCCAGUUAUAUGCAACUGAUGUCGAUGAGCUGUAUGCCUCCAUAAAUAUAUUACACAAACCCACGCUUGGAGAAGAGGUUAUACUGGUUGCUAGAAUAAACGGCCAGGUUUCUUGGGAUAAAGAUUAUGUCUACACAUGGACCUUUGAGAACAAUGUGUCAUAUUCAUCUGGAAGUCCCCUGAUAACUGUUACAUGUACAAAAUUAGGACUACAUUUAGUUAGGCUUACUGUUACUAACUAUGUAACCACUUUAAACAGUUAUAUAGAGUAUUAUGUAGUAAAAGAGGAAUUUGUUCCUCGGUUUAGCCACCCUUCAAAUGCGUUGCUUGAAGAACCAAUUCUGUUCCUACUGAAGCCUCCACUCGGACCAGCCUUACAACAAGCUGAAAGGAUAACAUUUCAUUUUGGUGAUAAUACAAGCAUUUGCUUAACUGGACCUUAUUUUGGGAAGUAUGGGAUUAACUUCACACAUAGCUAUAAAAAAGCCGGUCUCUACAACCCAACCUUAAUUAUGGAGAAAACUGAAAUAGAACUCUCUUCACUUCUACUAAUCCAAAAAUCUCUUCAACGUUUAAUACUUUAUGGAUCUACUAUACAUCGUUUAAGUCGUGAUGUUCCAUCACUUCUGACCUAUAUUGCUAGGACUAACAGUGAUUCCAAUGGAAUAUAUCGCUGGUUCUUCUCAGAUGGUAAAACUAAUAAAACUAUAAUCAGCAAACCUAAGUUGACUCUAGAUAUUGAAGCUCCUUGUUCUUUGACUGUGAAAAUUGAAGUUGAAAACCAUGCAGGAUGCCUCUCAGCAAGCAUGAAAACGGUUGUCCAAUACCCCAUAUUUGAUGUUACCGUGACUUUACAGGAGGCCUUUGUGGGCCAUUUUACCAGAUUCAUUGUUACUGUGGAGCCCUUCCAGCAGUAUGCAGUGCUAAUGAAUUUUGGAGAUGGGGAAAGCAUCCAGGUCCAAUCACAAGAAAUUGCUAAGGGCUGCUUGGAUAAGCAACAUUUCUGCUCUGUUUUUAUUCACCUCCACAGAUAUAGUCACAUGGCGGUCUACAAUGUGUCAGUGGAGGUCUCCAAUUUAGUCAGCACAGUUAGGAAGAAGGCAGAAGCUAUGAUAGAAGAAGCUAUUGAGAUUAUAUUGUUCACUCCACCUAUAAUAAAAGUAGGCGACUUCAUCAAUGCUACUUUAUCUCUGAAUUCAAGGGCCUUAUAUUUAUGGACUGUCUAUAGUCCAUUAAAUAACCAUUCUCUCUUGGGAAGCUCUCUAAGUGUAAUUACAAAUGUUUCUGGGACGCAUUACAUAACUGCAUCAGGAAGUAGUAGCCCAUGGACCCAGUCACCUGGCAAACAUAUUAAAGUCUUAGAUGCCAUAGACAAUGUCACAGUCUUUAUUGCGACUGGAAUUGAUUAUGCUAAUCUUGUAGAAAAUGCUAAUGGUUCUUAUUCAACGGAACUCAUAGAGUUUAAGGCACUUACUGAUACUGAGGCCAAUUUCAUAUUUGAUUUUGGUGAUGGGACCCACAUUGUGCCUGUUAAUGGAAGUGUGGAGGAAUCUGGAUAUGGUGCAUCUGCUUUUCACAGAUACAGUAAAGCUGGUGAUUACAUUAUUAAAGUGAUGGCAUAUAAUGAGCUGUUUAAUGCCACAGAUGAGAUUGCGUCUUACUGUGUACUGGAAGCUCCAGCAGGUUUGUCAAUAGUGAUGAAUUCCAAUAGUGUAUAUAAAGAUGACACCAUAUUAUUCAGCGCUACACUCAGUAGGGGCACAAAUGUGUCAUAUCUGUGGAAUUUAGGUGAUCAAACAACCUAUAACAAAGGGCCAGAGAUUAAUGCAACAUUUUCCAGUGUAGCAUUUUAUAAUCUAACCGUCACUGCCUGCAAUAAAGUGGGAAUACAAAAAGCUUGGAAGGUUGUUAAUGUUUUGCCAAGGAAGAAAUCUAUAUACAUUUAUACUAAUGGGACAAUUUUCUCAACGGAAACAUACAUCCAGUUUACAGCAAAGAUAGAGGAGACUGGACCUUUGGAGUUUAUCUGGCACUUUGGAGACAGAUCACCUGAAAGAACAGUCCGGAGAACUAUAACUAAAAGAUUCACUGUACCAAACAGAUAUGAUGUUACCGUUAAGGCUUCAAAUCAACGUAUCUCCUUCACAUCUGAUACGCACACUAUAUUUGUGCAGAGAAAAGUAAUUCCGAAUCGUCUUGUUGCUAGUUCCUCAGUACUGAUGAACUCUAGUGUGAACUUUAAUUGCAGAAUCAAUUCGGGAACAAAUGUUAGUUAUUUUUGGAAUUUUGGAGAUGGUAUAGAAAAACUUGGAAAUAACAAUGAUACACAUGUAUACAUAAGAGAAGGAGAGUACACAGUGAAAGUUUCAGUUUUUAACAAUGUUAGCUCUGCGUUCUUGACCAAGCAAAUAUUUGUUGUAAAGGAGCAUUGUCAACCCCCACCAGUAAAAAAUAUGGGACCACCAAAAAUACAGAUUAGAAGAAACGAAGAACUACAUCUUGGAGUGACAUUUGAAGCAGGAAUACUAUGCAAUAUUUCUCUCGGACUUUAUUACCUCUGGUCAUUUGUAAAAUCCAAUGGCGCUGUUAUUCCAUUAACACCUCAUAUUGACAACAGAAAGCAAACAAUUACAUUGCCAGCAUUCUCCCUAGAUUAUGGGAACUACAUAGCGCUAGCUCGGGUUCAAAUAGUUGGAACUGUGGUGUACAGCAAUUACACAGUGCCAGUGGAAGUUCAACCUAGUGAUCCAGUGAGCGUGAUUGCAAAUGGACAUCAUUUUUUCAUCGAUAAAACCACUGUUAAAUAUUUCACACUAAAUGGGACGCCAUCUUUUGACCCAGAUAAUCCUGGAGCUUACUUAAGGUUCCAUUGGGACUGUACUGCAGUGUCUAUCCAGGAGCAUUUCUGCUUUGACUCAAAUGUGCCAAAUCCUCUUCAUGAAAAUAAUGAUACGGUUAUCACCUUUCCUACUGCUCUGCUUAAUGACAGAUGUGAUCAGUUUCACUUCACCUUAACUGUGUCUAAUGGAGAUCGCAAGUCUUUAAAAGCUGAAACAUUUGUAUCCAUCAGUCCCAACACAAACUUUAGGUCUGUUCACAUGAUAUGCAUUGAAUGUAGAGGGCUUUCAAUUAACUGGAAUCAACAAUUUUCAGUGCAAGCUGUUUGUGCAGAUUGUGGAGACGCAAAUGAUAUCUCUUAUCAAUGGAACCUAUACUGGAUUAAUGCAAAAGAAAGCAGCUCAACAGAUGUUCCAUUUUGUCGAUUAAAAGAAAGCAUGGGAGCGCCAAAUGCACUUAGUGAAAACGUUCUCUACAGUGGAACUUCUAAAAAAGUCCCAACAUUACAGAUUACAUCAACUACAGUUUCUCCUGCGUCAUUUACAUCAAGUACAGUUUCUCCUGCAUCAGUUUAUACAGAAAAGCAAGUUGCUGAACAUUUGUUUGAAUCAGCUGACUCACAGAGAAGGGUUUAUGGUAAUGCUGAAAACACAGAAUCAUCACAUGAUUUCUACUCCAUGGAGUUCUCGGAAUCAUAUGUGGAUAUCCUAGAUGAAGGGUCUCCAGGUGAUAGAGAUGUAAGUCGUGUGUCAACAAUGGACAUUUCAAGUGAUUCAGAUCUCAAUUACAAAGAACUACAUACAUAUGAAUCAAGUGGCUUCAUAAGUGGAGAUGGAGAAGGAGGAAAUCUGUUAUUGAAUGAUACCAAAGGCCAGACAUCUAACGAUUUUUUCACGCAUUUCUAUGGUAAUAUUAUGGAAGGUAUGGGAGGCUCUGGAACAAGGACAGACAGUGAAUCUGAUGUUGCAUAUGGCUUUUCAAAUGAAUAUACAGCUACACAUACUGGUGAUAACGUUGUGGAUCUGUUAUUUCCAGCACCAAAUAUUUCACCUAUGAUUAACUGGUUAAAACUUCCAAUUAGUUCAGACAUAUUUAGCAGUUAUACUACAUCAGGUAUUUCUUCUCAGAUUAUUAAACUCAGACCCUUUAUUUUGAAGCCUAGCAAGAUGUAUAUGCUGGAUGUUACUUUGGAAUCACGUGGACACAAGAUGGGAAGGUCACAAUUAUACUUUACAGUAAACGAAAUGUCACACAAAAUGACUUGUCAGGUGCAACCCAAAAGCGGUAUUGAGGUGUUCACAGUUUUUAGCAUCUUCUGCACAUCGGGAAAAGAGGAUCUCAACUAUGAAUUUAGUUACCAAGUAGGGCAAUUAUCAAGAAAGACUCUGUAUAAAGGAAGAGACAUUCAGUAUUAUUUUAAUUUGCCCUCUGGUGAUCCGUCUAGUGGAUACCAAGUUACUGUUUUCACACAAAUAACAAAUAUAUAUGGAUCUCAAACACAGCAAUGCCCAGUAAACGUGUCUGUGCUACCUAUUGUCUUCAGCAACACAUCUGGUAACCUGUUGCCACAGCUGGAACUGUUUCAAGAGAGCUUGACAAAUCUUUCUACACUUGUGUUAAUGGGAAAUCACAUUGAGAUUCGAAACUAUGUUGUGUUGUUAACCACAGUCCUUAAUCGACUUUUUGAAGAGAACAGUAAAAUGGCUUUUGAGCUACAAUCAAAAAUUAGAAAGAAACUCAUUUUCAUUGUUCAAGGCUUAUCUUUUAGCAACCAGGAUGAACUAAAUGAUAUUGUCUCAAUGCUGAGAGAUCUCCUUAAUACUACAAACCAGGUAACCGCUGAGAGUGCCAUGCUUAUUAUGAAUUAUACACGAUCAAUAGUCAAAAAUAAAUUUGAGCACACAGAGCCUGGAAGUGCAGAAGAGCCUGUAGUGCAGAAGAAACUGGUAGAAAAUAUAAUUUUUUUGAUAUCUAGUGCAAUGGAGAUAUAUUCCAGAUGUCCUGAACUGAAAACUCUAUUUGAAGAUGGACUGGAAUGCAUAAGUGAUUUGGUGGUGAAAUUCAUUACAUUAAAUUCUGAACGUCAUUUUACAAUUAACACACAUUUCUUGGAACUACAGACCAGUGUGCAUGAAAAUGUGGUCAAUAACAUUCAAAAGAUUGGUUCUUCAACAUUUUACUUGCCAGAAAUACGAGAUAGUCAGAACAGAAAACAGAACACUAGCAUGAAAUGUUACAUUAGCCAGCUGAAAUCUUUCAAGAAAAAUCCUUACUUUUGGGCCAAAUUGUCAUCUGAGGUUAAUGGUGAUUUCACAAGCCUUAGCCUUUUUGAUUGCACUACUAGAAAAAAACUGAGUGCUCGAGAUAUUAUAACACCAGUUACCAUAGGAAUUGGAAACAAACAUCAGAGUGGAAAUUUUAAUAGGACUCAGUAUGCUUUAUCUCGGGACAAAAUAAAUUUCCAUCGGUUAAAUAUAAUUUCUGACAAUAAACACUCAGCGCUGAAAAUAACAGUUAGCUUCUCCAAGCCCCAAACUAGGACUUUUCCUGUGAUGCUUUUAAUUGGGCAUUCCAAGAAACCCUCUCCAUCUAGCUUCAACAUAAAGCAAAUCCACUCAUUCAAUGAACUUUCUACACAAAUAUUUAUUCCUGUGGAUUCCUUAAGAGAUGCAGAAUACAGUUACAUGGCAUUGAUGGAUGCAGACUACAAAAGACACCCUAAAAAUAAAUAUAUUUCCAAUAUGAUUAAUUAUACUGUGGAUGUGCAGUGGACACAGUGCCUAUAUUGGCAUAAUAAACAGUGGAAUUCAGAAGACUGUUCUCCUCAGAAAGGAACCAAAGCCUCUGUGUUUACUUGCAGCUGUGCACGCCUAGGUUUGUACACCACUGCAAAUAGGCAUGCAUCAUCUCAUUUUAGCAUGGAAGAUAUCUCACAGUUUUUAAGUACAAGUAAAAAUGUGGUCCCAACCAUCGUUGUUGUAAUUUGUACUUUGCUCUACAUUGUAUUGAUGUUUUUUGGUAAAAUUAAGGACCAACAUGAAGAUCAAAAAGAUGGCUUUGUGAUUCUUCAGGAUAAUUCUCCAAACGACCAACAGCAGUAUGCAAUUAUUGUUGAUGUAGGUUUUAGAUCUAGACCGAAGACUACAGCUAAGGUUCACAUUAUUUUACAUGGUGAGGAUGGUGUUUCUGAAACACGUGAACUGUAUUGUCCAGAUAAGCCUCUGUUUGAAAGAAAUUCACGACAUAUAUUUAUAAUGAGUGUAUUGGAAAGUCUUGGGCCAUUGUGGAAGAUUCACAUUUGGCAUAACAACAAUGGUUACUCUCCUAGCUUGUACCUUAGCCAUGUGAUUGUCAAAGACCUGCAGAGUGGAACCAGUUGGUUUUUCUAUGCAGAAUGUUGGCUGGCCAUUGACGAAGGAGAUGGGAAAGUUGAGCGUGAACUGACAUCUGUAGGAUAUGGAUUAGGAUUCAGAAGGCUCUUCUACUGCAAAUUUACUGAAUAUCUGGAGGACUUCCAUUUCUGGGGUUCUGUUUUUAGCCAGCCUUCUUACAGUUGGUUUUCCCAUACACAACGUAUAACGACAUGUUUUGUCUUAUUAUUGGGAUACAUGUGCUUGAAUGCUUUACUUAUUCACUUGGAAGAAGAUCAGUAUACUGUUGAGAUCGGCCUUAUUGAAAUCUCUACCAUUUCUAUGGCAUGUGGACUGAAAGUUACUCUUGCUGUAUAUCCUGUUAUCGUAGUAUUAUCUCUUCUGUUUAGAUUUAGUCAGAAAAAGUUUACCAAAGAUUCUGGAGAAAACCAAUUAAAAAUGGUAAAAGGCUCUCAAAUAGACACUACUGAAGGUCAUCAAGUUUCUAUAUCAGCAGCAGAUACCAUGUUUGAAUCCAAUUGGCAGCAUUUCCAGUAUUGGGCAUAUGAUGCUUGGAAAAAGAAAUAUGAGAGAGAUUUUUCUACUUCAAGUAUUCACUUUGGAAAUGGGAGCAGGAGAUAUAAAAGUGAAUGUCCAUCGGUUACUACCGAAAGCUCAAGUGGAUUUGAAGACUGUAGUUCCAAUAACGGAGAUAAGACUGGUCUAAAAGAAUUCAAGGAUUGUGAAAAUAGCUCUUGUUCACAAUAUUCAUCAGAUCACAGCUUGUUUGGAAAUUCUGUCCUACAUGGGAACAAAGUUUUGCCUCCUUGGUGUGUCUAUGUGGCUUGGACCAUAUGUGCUACAUUCAGCUUGACUUUUAUGACCAUCAUUGUAGUAUUUGGUUUAAGGUUUGGUCCCACAAAAUGUGUGUUGUGGUUACAUGCAGUAUUUUUCUCACUGAUCUACUGCAUUUUUAUCAUCCAGCCCUGUGUGAUUCUCCUUAUCGCACUGUUUGUGGCAUGGCAUAAAAGAGGAAAGGCUGACUUUUUGAAAGCAUUAAAUGAAGAUGUGAAAUACAUUGUUGGUAAAUCAUGUUUGUCUUUGAAGAAUCUAACAGCUUACUCUCGACAGACCAGUCACGAAACUUCAAACUUUGAAAAGAUUCUUGCUGCGCGUAAAAGAGCUCGAUAUUUACGCUUGGCUCGUCCACCCACUCCAGCUCAAUUAAAACUAUCCAAAGAGAAACUGAGAAGAAGAACAAUUAUUAGAAAAAUAUUUAGGGAACUUGCAGUGUACAUUAUCAUGGCAUCUAUGUUAAUUUUUAUUAUAAUUGAGAAAUAUUCUCACAAUGAAUAUUAUGUAAACUAUUCAGUGAGAAAUGAAUUUACAAGAAAUGCUAAACAACUGUUUAGUGAAAUCAAAACAGAGGACCAUUGGUGGAAUUAUUGUUUCAAUGUAUUACUUGAUGGUCUGUACUCAAAUAGAUGGUAUCUUAAGGAGGCUUCACAUAAUAAGGGUGGAGCAAUUGAUGGGAAGUUCUAUAUAAUAGGAGCUCCAGUAAUGAGAAAAGUAGACAUUGCAAAUUAUUCUGUAUGUAUGAUUUCUUCAUUAUCAAGGUCAGACAUUUCUGACUGUACUCUCCCAUAUCUGUCCAAUGAUUCAAAGGAAAUAUGUGAUACCAUGAAGAUCCAACAUAACAAGCUCCAACAAUGUGGCAAGAUUCACUGCUAUGAAGAAAGAGGCCCAGUUAUUAGUCUGGGCAGGUCAAGGACCGAGGCCUACUCAGCUCUGUGGAAUAUACGGAACCAACAAUGGAUAGAUAGAAGAACAAGAGCAUUUGUUGUAAAAUUUCUUCUAUAUAACCCUCCAACAAAUCUAUUUACUAUGGUAUCACUGCUCAUAGAACUACCUUUUUCAGGGGAUAUUAUUACUUCAACACAUAUAGAUUCCGUUAAAAUCUACCAAAUCACUGCACUCAUGGAUUAUUUUAUUAUGGCGUUUGAGCUGAUGUACCUUGGAAUGAUUCUUAUUAUUUUUUAUCUACAAAUGAAUAUUAUGAUUCAGAGGGGAAUCAGAAACUAUUGGCAAGAACCAUGGAACUGGGUAGAGGCUUCUAUAAUUGUGCUCAGUCUGUGUUACCACAUCUGCCAAAUCUUCCAUUUCAUGCUUACCGUGGAUAUAAUGGAUCAUCUUCAAAGAGGAUUUUUUAAAGUGUUUAUAGACGUCAGCUUCAUUGUUGCUGUGGAAAAGUGGACUCGAUGUUUGCAUGGGACCAUUUUAUUCUUAAUGAUACUUAAAUUUACAAAACUUCUCCGUUUUUACAAAAUGAUGUCUCCUUGUGUGGCAGUAUUUCAGCAUUCUUGCGCCAGAUCAGUAUUCAUAGUGCUCAUUGGACUUGUCUUCACCAUGGCCUAUUCUUCAUUAGGAUAUGUCAUAUUCUCCUCUGAAAGCUAUUCGUUUUGUAGUGUGCUAAAUUCAAUCCAGACUAUUUUCAUACAUUUACUAGGAGUUCCUGGUACCAAACAUAUCAAAUUAUUGCAAAAUCAAAUUAAAUAUAACAACAUUUCAAAAACAUGUUUUUAUGGAGCACUCUUCAUCGCAUUUACCAUUUUAUGGACUGGAAUGCUCAAAGGAAUUCUUACUUCUGUUGCCAAAUGCUCAAAGAAGGCACAACGCAGCAAGCAUCUCGUGACAUUUAAAGAACUUGUAUGUCAUGCAAGACGACUGGUGCUUUCAAUAAUUGGUCGACAAAAACAAAAGAGCACUGAUGGCAUCUGUGUAACUGGCAGUAAUUACUACUUGGAUGAAUUUGAGGACCUGAUAGAUGAGCUACUGUUUCGACUUAAUGCUAUAUCCAACAGCCUCCAUCACUCCCUUCCAGCAAAAUCACUGUGUUACACAGAAGAGGGAGACAUGAAUCACCUUGACACUAGCUCUAAUUUUUCAUUUAAGCAAACAGUGACAGAGACGGAAGAAUGCCCUCCAAAAGAAAAACGAAAAGAGGACUUCAUGAUGGUGCAGAGUAAAUUGCAUCGUGCUUGUUCUCUUGUACCUGGUAUAAAUCUGAACUGUCUGCCACAGCAACAAGGCUUGGAGAAUGCCUGCAGAAAUGGUGUUCCAGAGGAUGAUGUAGCAAAGCCCAAGUAUGCUGAAGACAACAUGGAUCACACAUUAGAUAAUAAGCAAUGCAUUGAAGAUGGACAUGGACCCUCAGCUGGAAAUGAAAAGCUUUGCUUAGAUGUUUCACAACAUGGGAAUGCUUCAAAGUAUAAGGAUAAGAAAGCUAUUUUGCCCCCUCUUUUUUAUAUACACCCAUGUCAUAAUGCACUUGACCUUGAAUACAGUAAAACAGACAGUGGAAACAGAUGCACCUCAGCCAACAUACAAAACAGAAACUACAGACCUCUGAGGCGUUCACAUACCACAGUUAUUGAACCUUUGCACAGCGGCUCUACAGGUAUCUGCAGGAAAACUAAUAGAUAUGAAAACAAGGUAUCAGGGAACCUCAACAACGAAGUCUCAGAACAACCACCGUGCAAUAUCUUUCAUCAACGUUUUUGUGAUAUUAUAAAUGUGAAGGAAAGUUCACAGACAUAUGUAGAAACAGGAUCCCAACAGCCGAACCUGAUUAAUGGAAUCCAAAGAGAUGAUAUAAAUCCUCUUGAUACAAAUACCUGUGUGAUUCCUGGUUCUGUGAAGCAAUGUUGGUUGAUCAUCCUCCAUCAGCUGUUCCAGGUCUACAUUGCUGCAAUCCAGCGUUGUUCACAGCCGGAGUUCAGGCUGUUUGUUGACCGUUCCAGGUUCCAGGUUUUCAUCGGUUGAAGUUCACAAAGAAAGAGGAAGUGUCCAAGUGGGGAUGCGCCUUAUAUAGGGGCUAUGGGGGUGGAGUUGUUUCCAUGGUUACACUGAUGUCUUUUUUUCUU